CAAGCUGCUCGAGCCGUGUUUUUGCGGAGAACAGUUCGUGGACCAAAGCACCAUGUUCGUGGUUAAUUGCACCAACACAGGUUUCACCAAUACCGACGUGCUGUUGGACUUGCCCGAACAAACCGAAGUGCUGAUUUUCUCAGGUAGGCAUCGAAUGUAAUUUGUUAUUAUGGAAAACCACACACCCGCGCCUACGAAAGCGACGCGUGACUGUUAAUCCAGUUGCCUAGUCACUCUAUUAGGGAUAGAACACGUUUUGGUUAGUUGCGGUUAGUGGACACGAUCCAAUUGCUACUUGUUGCAUUUUUAACUGGCAAUUUUUGAUGGGAUGGGAUCAAAUUUUGUUUUUAAAGGUUAAAUGGCGAAAAUAUUUUUACUAGGUUUUUAAUAACUUGUGGGCAUAAAAGAAAAAUCCACAAUCCCAAAAUACUGUAAACGAGAGAAAUGUAGUAAUUGUAUUAAUUUAUGUGUUCUGUGAAACUGAUUUGUUUGCUUGUUUACUGACAUGUUGCUUUCGAUGAAUCGAUGAAGUCGAUUUUUUUGAAAAGCAUACACUCCUGGCAACGAAACUUAUAUCUCGACAGCGUAUAUCGUUAGGGUGGAUGGUUUUCGAGAAAAUACUUGUUAUCUCAAAGCACGCAGUACGAGGUAAUAGUAAAUGACGUCAUCACGUCUAGAUGGAGCCCGAGAAAUAGCGAUUUUCAUAUGGAUUGUAGAUGUAGACGAAAAUCGCAACCACAUACCGUCGCUACCAUCGAACCUGUUCGGUGAAAACGCCUACAUGUCCCGUUUGAAAGUGAUCGACCUCACCAACAACGGUAUCCGCGAGAUCAGGGGCAAAACCUUCCACCACGUGGCUAACGUCGAGCGUCUCGUCCUAGAUCACAACAACAUCUCGAUAGCCGACGAGGAGGACAAGAACUUCCACCACCCCCGCGUCUUUUCCAACUUCGUCAACCUCCAGGAGCUCCACCUGACGAACGCGUUCGCCGACAACACCGACUCCGCCCUCGCGGACGACCUCCACGACAUCUUCGUCAACAGUAACCUCACGAAACUGUAUAAGUUGCACCUGGAGCAGAACGAGAUCAAAAACUUCAAGGACGAGACCGUGUUCUGCGACCUUCCCGACCUCCACGACCUUCAUUUGGGCGACAACGACAUACCCAGCCUGAACUUCGACGUUACGUGUUUGAGAAAGCUGCGCUACUUGGACCUGGAGUUUAACAACAUCACGGAGUUCACGCAGAGGGAGUUGGACGCGUUGGACGCCCUCGCGACCUCGCCGGGUCGCGAAGAAAACCUCCAAGUGGAGGUGAACGGAAAUCCUUUAAAAUGCGAGUCGGUUAUACGGAGGUUUUACCCGUGGACGCAGACGUCGAGGGUGCAGGUACGCCAUCUUGAAAACCUCGAGUGUGCGCAGGCCAAAUACGGAAAAAAGUAUCCCGUGAAGGUGAUGUCUUUGAUCGAGUCGAGACACGUGAAGAUUUCGCAAUCUUUGACGGUUUUGCUCGCGGUGUUGCUCUGCGUGUUGAUCAGCCUGAUGGUGGCGUAUUUCUAUCUGAAACGCGAUCAGAUGAGGAGUAGGUUUUCGCCCAUACUCGAGGCAAUCACGAGGAAGGUCCAGUACACCACCAUCGAGGCGCAGGACGUGUGAAAAAUUCAGGCUGUCCUUGAAAACUCUUGGGGGCGUAUUAAUAUUCUAGGUAUUACACAGCCCAACCAACCGGACAGUUAGGCAGUGAGGUCAUUAAAUCCAGGUUGAGUUGAAAAAAUGACAUUUUUAUGUAUAAAUUACGCAGUUUUUUACAUAUGUGGUUGAAGCCUUCUCUAAAACAUUUAUUUCGUUCAAUAAAUUUUAAUUGAAACAAACUAACGAAAACUAAUAAUGAUUUAAUAAACGUCGGUUGCAAGAUAUUUCAGGGACACCCUGUAUAGACCAAGCUCGAAUAUUUUCAGCACUAGAAAGCUUCUGUGAUUAAAAUGUAGGUUAAGUUUACGAUUUCCGGCAACGUUGUGAUAAUCGUAUAUGUCCUAGGCUGCUGGAAAACUAAAUAAAUGUUGACACGCCGGAUGGAGAAUUUUUGUAUAUUUUGUUUAAUUUUAUACGUGCCACUAAUGCGCAUAGAUUUAUGAUAGUACUUACCAGACAAUUUGUAUUCGUUUUUUUUAUGUAUAUUUUUAAACGCGAGAUUCCUAAUAAACAAUGGAAGA